AUGUACGAGUAUAAUAUAAUGGAAACACUGCACGAGUUUGAGUGCAAUUUCAACACAACCGGAUCGCACAAAUGGUUUGUCCAUAACUGGCACAUCUCGGUCUACCUGUCCAUCGCAUACGUGUGUCUUAUAUAUGGCCUCAAACUCUGGAUGCGAAACAAAAACGCGUUUAAAUUAAACGUCUAUCUGUUUGUAUGGAAUACCGAAUUAGCCGUAUUCUCAACAAUCGGUACUUUCAAACUUUUAGACGAAAUGUUAUACCGAUUGGUAAACCAUGGUUUUGAUUAUAGUAUAUGCAGUCAUAUCCCAUAUCACACCCAAGGAUCGGGGUUUUGGUUAUUUGUGUUCAUAUUCUCAAAGAGUUUUGAAUUAUUCGACACUAUAUUUAUGGUAUUGCGGAAAAAGCCCGUAAUGUUACUGCACUGGUACCAUCACGUGACCGUGCUCAUAUUUUGCUGGUGGUCGUACUCUCUCAUUGCCAGCACAGGCAUGUGGUUUGCGUUUGUCAACUAUACAGUACACUCGUUUAUGUACACCUAUUACGCCCUCCAGUCGGUGGGCGUGAGAGUGCCCUCCGCUCUCCCCAAAGCCAUAACAAUCGGCCAAAUAUUGCAAAUGUUUUUCGGUUUAUUCAUUACUUUAAUGUCAUUUGUAUUGAAAUUUUAUGGCAACGGCUGUGGCGUUAGCUUUGAACACAUCGGCGUUUCCAUCGCUCUCUACGGCUCGUAUUUCUAUCUGUUUUAUAAGUAUAAUAAAAAAUGUUUCAGACAUAUUUUAUUAAACAAAAUGGACCGACUAUACCGUUAUGAGACAAAUUUCAAUCCAUACGUAUGGCACCAAUGGAUGGUUAAUCACUGGCACAUCUCUGUCUACCUGUCCAUCGCAUACUUGUGUCUCAUAUAUACCCUAAAACUUUUGAUGCAAAACAAAAAUGCCCUCAAAUUAAACGGCUAUCUGUUUGCGUGGAACAUAUUAUUAACCAUAUUCUCAAUCAUUGGAAGUUUUAGUAUAUGCAACCAAGACUAUCACACACCGACUAUUGGUUUGUGGGGUUUCCUAUUUAUAAUGUCAAAAAGUGUGGAACUGUUGGACACCCUAUUUCUGGUGCUGAAAAAACGGCCGGUCAUAUUGUUGCACUGGUACCAUCACGUGACCGUGCUCAUAUUUUGCUGGUGGUCGUACUCGCUGAAUGCCAGUACAGCCCGAUGGUUUGCGUUUGUCAACUAUACCGUACACUCAUUUAUGUACGGCUAUUACGCCCUGCAGUCGGUGCAGGUGAAGGUGCCCUCAGCCCUCACCAAAAUCAUAACAAUCGGCCAAAUAUUUCAAAUGUUUUUUGGUUUAUUUAUUACUCUAAUGUCGUUUUGGUUGAAAUUUUAUGGCAACGGCUGUGGCGUUAGUUUUAAACACAUCGCAGUUUCCAUCGCUCUUUACGGCUCGUAUUUUUAUCUGUUUUAUCGGUUUUUCAGCGAUAGAUAUCUCAAACAGAAUAUGGAUGUAAUCAACGAUUUAGAAAUCAAUUUCAACGAAACCGAAUGGAUUGCAUGGUUUGUCCAAAACUGGCACAUCUCUGUCUACGUGUCCAUCGCAUACGUGUGUCUUAUAUAUAGUCUAAAACUUUGGAUGAAAAAUAAAAAUGGCUUUAAUUUAAAUGGAUAUUUAUUUGUAUGGAAUACCUUAUUAGCCGUAUUCUCAACAAUAGGGACUAUCAGAUGUGGUGAAGAGAUUUAUUAUCGGUUAGUAAACUACGGCUUUGGGUAUAGUAUUUGCCACAAAGAUCUUCACACCCUCCGAGCGGGUCUGUGGGGACUACUGUUCACACUAUCAAAAAGUAUUGAACUGUUGGACACUGUGUUUCUUGUGCUAAGAAAAAAGCCCGUGAUGUUUUUGCACUGGUACCAUCACGUGACCGUGCUCAUGUUCGCCUGGUGGACGUAUUCUUUCAUGGGCAGUACAGGCCGAUGGUUUGCGUUUGUGAAUUAUACGGUCCACUCGUUUAUGUACUCGUAUUACGCGCUGCAAGCGGUGCGGGUGAGAGUGCCCUCCGUUUUGGCCAAAUCCAUAACAAUCGUUCAAAUAUUGCAAAUGUUUUUCGGUUUAUUCAUUACUUUAAUGUCAUUUGUAUUGAAAUUUUAUGGCAACGGCUGUGGCGUUAGCUUUGAACACAUCGGCGUUUCACUAGCCAUAUACGGCUCGUGUAAUUAA